AUGAACGAGUACAGAUAUACGAAAACGGCUUCGGUACUCGGCAAGCUCGUGCACGUGAUACGAAUUUUCGGCGUGUUCACCGCCAUCGGUAAGACGCAUUUGGUGUAUUAUUAUAAGUAUUAUAUUGUUGAUUUAACCCCCCCCCCCUUCCAUUCCCCGAAUGAUGCCCAAUAUAAGAUAAUCGCCCUAUUAUAGAAUACGUCUGUACGCUACUGAAUGGUUUCGUGUGUGCUGCGUGCGACCCGGAGCUAAUAUACACAGCGACUGGACCGGUCGCCACUUAUGGGUCGCGUCUUGUUUUUCUCCUUUAAUAUUAUAUUAUAUACUUGUCCCGAAUAUACUCAAUAACACUACAAUAAGUUAGUUGAUGUUUGUCUUCUAAUCAUAGGCGAAGAUAUGAUUUAAUUUUUAGGGGACGAGGGUGGACUACUUUAAUGAUGAACAAAAAAAAAUGUAAUAAACCAUAACAGGUCAUUUUAAUUCCGGAGUGAAUAUCAUGUUUAGGUGGCUAGAAUAACUAUUUAUUUAUUUUUGAAAAACUUUACGGGAUUUAAGGAUGAUUAAUAUGGCUAUAACCCCCUCCUAGCCACCCCAAUAUCCACCUAUAAUUCUAACCUCCAGAUUUUAGUGGUUUUAACUGCACCUAUUUAUAGUCGAAUUACACUCAUUUGGGUUAUCUAAAAAAAAAAAAAAUAGAUAAAGGUCGAACUGCGUUUCAAUAAAAAUAUUCGAAAAAAUAAACUUAUUUUAAAAAUUGUUUAUGCUCACAACUAUUAAAUUGAAGGUCUGUCACAUCAAACUAUCACAUCAAAUAUGAAAAAAUAUAUACCUAUGUAUAUCGUGAAAACAACAUUUGGAUUGUUUUUUUGAUUAUGAAAAUAACAAAAAACAAUCCAAUUUUACCGAAAUCGCUUAAUAACAUCCACACGAUACUAUUAACAAAUUACAAAAUUAAUUGAAGAAGAUUUUUUUGUAAACAACAAUUCUGUGUAAAUUAGUAUAUUUUUAAAACUGUAAAUAGGAAAUUAGUGUUUUUGGACCUUUUUUGGCAAGUUCGGCCAUUUAAUUUAAAUAAAAAAUGAAAUUCGAAUAUAUUAAAAUCAUACAACUCUCGUGGCCAUAUUUUCCCGACUGGAUUUAAAGACAGGCUACAUUAGAGAUCAGUGACAGCGUGACGUUUUUUCAUUUUGUAUGAAGCAGUUUAAAUAAAAAUACAAAACACUUCAUACAAAUCAUGACCAGAAGAAUUAGAAGACGUAAUUAAGGCUACUCUAGACAUUGCUGUACUUCGCCUUGGUUGUUAACAUAUUAACAUAAUAUAUUAUAUGUAUAUCUAUUAUCUAUAAAGUUUAGCGUUCAAAUUAUUUCCUCAUGGGGGGGGGGAUUUUAUAGUAGAAAUAGAAGUUAGUUUUUUUUUUUAGUUUAAAAUAAAAAUUUAAAAACCCGUUGGUUUAAAUGUAGUAUUACUUAAAUUAAUUAUUAAGUAGGUAAUUAACUUAAACUAUUGUUGAUGAUUGAAAAAUUAAAUUGAUCAAAUAUUUCAAGUAGAUAGGUAAUACCGUAAUUUCUUUCUCAAUUUCGUUGUGCUCAGUCCUGGAUUAUUUUUUUUUGAACAUAUAAUAUUCAUCUAUAAUAAUAAUUAUUGUAAGAUAUUUAUUAUGAAUAAACAAUAAUCCAUUUCAUUAUCAAAGAAUUUUUUAUUUUUUUUUUUUUGAACAGAAAUACAAAAUAGAUAACUAUUAUUAACUAUUGUAAAAAUAAACAAAAAUAAUAAAUUUUCGAUUUUAAAUUCUUCGUCCACGAUUAUACCUAUAGAUAAUUGUUAUGUGGCUGACUAUGGAAUUAUUUUAGUCAGUUUAGUUGUAUCGUAAAUCGUAAUGUAUAGUAAAUCACAGUGGCUACUCGUAACUUAUUGGAUGUCAGGACGAUCGCAGCCCCUGUGUAAAAUUGAAGGCGAAGACAAUUUACAAUUUUAUUUUAAAUUUAUCAAAAUUGUAUUGUUCAGUAUGGUUAUUAUUAAAAUUAGAUAAUAAUAAUAUACAAUUAUUUCAUCAUUAAUUUUGAAGUUUCCUGUGUGUGACGUGCGUAUAAUUUCACGAGAGCACUAACAUCCAAUACGCUGAUAAGCACAAAGUGGCUAGUAAUAAUAAAAUAAUAAUACCUAUCAAGAAUAAUGAGUUUUCCUAGGUCUUUUCAAUUCACAGGCCCGCAGAAAGCAUUAUAUCUGAUGAUAACAUUUAAGAUAAGAGUGGUUAAUCACUAAUAGUCGUAAACAUAUUGUUUGGUAUUAAAAAAUUAUGUGUCUUAUUAUAUUUUUGGAAUCUUAGGACGGGGGACUUUUUCAUAUUGUCGUACUCCCUUUAUCAGCGCCCACGAGCCACCACUAAUAAAUCGUAAAUAAUUAUCAAAAAUAAAUAAAUUAAUAACAGUAAAAAUUGUAAUCACGUGAAUCAUUAUUCGACUUCACUGAGCAAUUUUUCGGACAAUAACUUUUGCUCACUCUUAAUGUAACAGUGCACACAUAUGAAAAAUGAUAUUAGAUCAUAUACUUUCGUAUACGGUAUAAAAUUUCAAUCCUGAAAAUUCAGUUUUUGAUAAAUGAUAACAAAAAUCAUAAUGCAUUUUUUUUUUAAAAUAAUUAAAGUAAUUGGGUGUCUUACCAAAAUCCCUAGUUUUUUCUCAAUUAUAGGUCUGUCCAAGAGGGGGCUGAGGGGAAUGUUUUAAAUUUACCUAUAUCAAAAACAUUGAAUUAAAUAGUGAAAGACAAUCAUAAAUACACAUUACACAAUAAAUGAAUAAACGUGAAUCAUUCACACAUGUUUCAUUAUUUAUCAAAUGAUACAAAUGUUAUAAUUUAGUAAUGAUAUUCUUUCAUCAAUGGUGGAGAAUGGAAUUUGUCAUUAGAUCGCAAAAAACUAAUGUACAGAACUCACUAACAAUUUAGUUAAACUCUUCAAUUUUGGUAGUCUAUUCUAUUAUAUAUCUAUGUAUAAAACGUAUAUAAUCUGUGAUAGUAUACUAUCAAUUAUUAUAGAUAAAAGUCCAAAUGAUGAAAAUCGAAAAAAUAUAAUGUGAAAUCAAAAAUUGAGAAAAAAACGUUUUUAUUAUUAUGCAUCGCAAUUUCAAUGUAAGUUAGAUCAAAUUCCGCAGGUCAAGCCUGUACAUGACAAGCACGACCCGUAGACACACCUAUGUCCUCAACAAUUGACGAAUCUUCAAUAUUUUUCCUAAGAAAAAUAAAAUAAAUUUGAAAAAUUCCCAGCCAUAGAAACACUGGUGCCGAUUACACCAAUACACCACUAUACACUAGUACGAAAAUUCACUAAAUUUAUCGCCACUACUUCCGCAUUCACACGGUAAAAACCACAGCUAUAAACACUAUUUACAUCCAUUGGCUAUAUACUUCGUGGUUACCGUAUAUUACAAGAAAAUACAACUAAUAUAAAGAAUUGAUAAACUAAAAUAUGACAAGUAGAAUAUUUUUAUCAUAAAAUUGAAAAUACUCAAUAUUUAUUAUUGAUAAAUUAUUAUCACGGCUAUAGAUACUAAUUAUCGGCGUUUGGCAGUUGGUAGAUUAUAGGGUUAUUUUAAGGAUUAUCCUGUGGCGAUAACAUCAUUGGGUUUUAAAAUGAGAACCUACAUGUCUUGAGGAAAAUUAUGCAAAUUUCUGAAUUUUUUGAAAAUGUUGAGAUAUUGUAAUCGAAAUUUAAACGUAAAGUUUCUGAGUUAUUUUGUUUUAAACACUAAAUCUUUUACGUGGAUUGCAUAUCAAAUGUUUCAUGUGUAUAAAUAAUUUCUUGGUUUUAGUUAUUUUUGUUUAGUAUUAGAAAAAUAAUAAUAUUUUUCGUUCAAAUUUCGAUAAAAAUACGUCAACAUUUUCAGAUAAUUAUCUGGUUGACAAUUGACAUUAAAACAUGUAAAUUUUCAUUAAUAAAACCAAAGUUGAUAUUGUCACAGGAUAUUCCUUAAGUGUCAUGAAAAAUCGUAAGUAUUUAAAAAUAUUGUCAAUCAUUACAUUUAAAAAUUUCACAUAUCAGAAUUUUAAUUUAUGCAUAAUUUAACCAUAAAAAUGAAAUUGGCACUGAGUAUCCUUAAAAAAUCAUUCUGUAUUUUAUUAUAGAUAUUUAAGAAAAAUACUCCCCUCAUCCCCCCCCCGUGAAAGUGUCACAUAUUCACUCACCCACCUUAUUUGGUCAUCUAACAGCUGCUUCUUAGGAUAAUAUAUUAAUAUUCAUUCAAGUUGCCACAGUAAAAAUACUUCCCAUGACCUCUAAAAAAAAAAUCAGUAUGCAUCGCUCUCGGAUCAACAUUAAAAUUCGGUUUUAGUACCCAAAAAUAAAAUAAUUUCGCAUUUCAAACAUAGAAUAUAAAAAUAUUUUUAAAACAUUUCACCGUGAUAAAAACCGUAAAAAGUACUUGGUUAUUAUAUUUGUAAAUUUUUAUUAUAUUCGAAUUGAUCAUUUAAAAACACGUUGACAAAAGUUGAACGUAAUAUUGUUAUACCUACUUAUACCUACAAUAUUGUAAAUUCAUUCAAUUGUUCAACAUUUGAACCUAAUAAAAUUAUAAUAAUUUUUUCGGAAAAAAAACCUUCAGUAAACCUGCAUUUUUUUUUUUUUUGAGGGGUAAUUACCGGUCACUAGGGUCAUCUCGUUUAACAACCAAUCCUCCAGGUCUCUCUGUGCAAUAGUGGGUUUUGACUAAGCCCACUUAAGCGUCCUACUCUGGAUUAUAUCCAAUAUGCUUGGCUUCUGAAAGAGUUCCUCUAGUCCUUGGUUUUUCCUUAUUCUCCAUCCCUCAGUUAUCUCGUCUUUUACUCAGCCAAAAAUCUUUUUUAGGAUUUUCCUCUCUAGAAUGGUCAAUUUAUUUUCUUUCGUUUUCCUUAAUGUCCAUAUUUCUAAUCCGUAUGUAAUUAUAGGGCGUAAUAACGUAGUAUAUAAUUGUAACUUUUUUUCUCUCGAUAGGGACCGUGACCUUAGUAUCUUUGUGACACCCGCAUUAUGAUAUUAUAAACAUAUUAAUUUUAUAUAAUUUUAUUAUUGAACGAUCCCCGGAGUUUAGAGCCAAGAGCCGAAUAUACCUCUCGUAUAUUAUUUGAAAUAUAAAUCUGACUACGAUAUCACCACCGACCUCGGAGGUACAGGUAUGCAUAUGUGUACUGCAGGAUGAUGAAAUUUCCAUAAGACAUUCAUAUUAUAUAAGGUAUAAUCUCGAAACAUACAAUAUUAAAUAUAUUAUUAACGAUUAGUCAAUUUAUGAUAAUAUUAUAAAUUUAGGUUACCGUAUUAUUUUAUAGUACUAUUUAUGAUGGCCAUCGAUAUUUUUUUACCGUCAAACACAAGUAAUCUAACAUAUUUUAAAACUGUGAAAUAUGUCUUAAAUAAAAAAAAAAAAAAAUUCAGAAAUAUUAUAUUUAUAUAUCUAUUUCCGCGAGAUAAUAAGUGUCUGACGGAAAAUGUUUGGCUUUCUGAGAGUCUGUAAUCUGCGUAUAUUAAACCGUGUUCUCUUGUUUUUCAGUCAUGUUCGGGGUAGGAGUCGACAUAGCGAUACACCAUUACCAAUUUGGAUUAUACGUCAUGUGAGUAUAUAUUAUUACUGUUACUAAAAUUUACAUCGUUGUUUUGAUUGCGGAUUUGAUUUUCAAAAUCUCUCCUCUCCGUCAUACUGACUCCUGCAGGUGUUUAUUAUACGAUGUACGGCAUACAUGUUACAUUUCACAUGUUAGUUACAAAGUCCCUGUUGAGGUUAGGUUAGAAUAAGCCGCAUUUUAUUUACAUCAUAUAAAUGCGUAUUGUAAAAGAGAUUAUAUAUGAAUAUAUCAACGUCUCCAACGAAGACUAUUGUAACUCACUUGUUACAUAUUUUCAGGAGAGCAAAACUAUAAGCCUUAUAAAAAAUAAUUCCCCUAGCUGCACAUGGGUUAGGUAAUGUUAUACAGAAACAAAAGGCCUCUAUGAACGUACAUAUUACGGAUAUUUACCUAAAUAUUUUAGAUUCGGAACGUAACGAUAUAUAUCUAUAUAUAUAUAUAUAUAUAUAUAUAUAUAUAUUGGUUUUAAAAUGAUAUUUUUUUUUUACUGUAUACGAAAUAUCUACCAGAAAUCUUGCUUUAAUGUUUCAAGUAAAGCACAUUUUUUGAAAAGAAAUUUCAUUUAGUUCAUACUUUAAGAAGCUCAUUUUUUGAUUUUUCAAGCGGUUUUUCAUAAUAAUUAGGAAAUCCGUAAAAAAAAAAAAACGUAAAAUGAAAACUGACAAAUUUACGGCACUAUAAUUUCAUUAAUUUAAAUUUGUACGCUUUAUGUUUUAUACCAGAAAUAUUGCUUCAAUAAAAACGACAAGUUAUCAUUGUUGUUGAAUUAUUAAUCUAGUUGGUGAGUAAGAAAGACGUUUUUGAUUUUUCGUGUAAUAAUUGAGUAAACCCAAAAAAUACGUAGAAUUAACAAGAAAUUUAACGAAUUUUGUUUUUUUAAUGUAAUCCAGUGUUUAAAAUAUUCGUAGAGACUUUAAAUUUAGACAAAAAGCUUAUAUUUACUUUUUCUAAAUGUGAACGAAUUUUCAAAACAUUUGGGCAAUUUUUAAGCUAUUUAUAUUAUAUAUAACCUUUAUUUAUACACCAUUCCACCUUAAGAAUCCGUAACCAUCUGUUACAACUGUAAACCAUCGUCCACUAGAAUAUUAAUAAUGGUUUUUUUUUUUAUUAUAAUAAACAUUUUUUUUCUUUAAAAUAAAACGUUUGUAUUUUAAGGACAACAUUUAUUCAAAACGUUUUUUAGAACGUUAGAGUUAGGUUAUGAUUUCUGGGUUAUAAUGUCAGACUCUCUCAUUAUUAUUUGAAUAUUAUCAACUGUGCAAAGUUUCACCAUAGAGGUCCUAAAAAAACUGUAGAUUUGUGUAAAUAACAAACAGAUGGCCAUUCAAAUUGAUAUAUGUAUCUUUGCUCCUAAGAAAAAAGGGCUCAAGUCUUAAAGGCUUAGGUUAAAGGGCUAUAGUUUUCAAUAAAAUCAAAUUAAAUUUUGAAAAUAAUUGUUAAAUGAUAAAAUGGCAUAUUUAUUAAAAGGCUAAAUUGCUAAAUGGCAAGGUUAAAUGGACUAACCUAAAUAUGGCAUUCUAAAUUACUUAAAUCGUAUAGUUAAAGGUAAUAUGAUUUAUGUUUUUUUUUGGCAAACAAGACUUUUGUUUUAUUUUACAAGUCUUAUGAUCAUAAGUGACUUAAGAUAUUUUAAUUUUGAGUAUAACCUGUGUUAAAAUCUACAUACAUCAAUCUAUACCAUUUUAACUGAAACAUAAAGGGAAACAAAUUCACGAAAAAUAAUUCUAAAAAUUGAUUUCAGCACUUCUUUUCUAUGGAUUAAGAUCAAUGAUAUUAUAAAAGACGAACAUUGACGCCAAUAAUUUAUAAAAUUGGCUAGCUAAAUUUUUAAAACUUCGGCGUUAUUUUACAUGUACCUAUACGAGUAUUAUAUAAAUACACUGUUUGUAUUUAUAGAAAAUUGUUAUCCUAACAGGCAUGUUGACUAAUAACUUUCAUAAUAAAUAUAAUAAUAAAACGUCAACAAUACACAUUAUAUGUAUAUAUAUAUGUUUACAUAUGUGACUACAAUGCUGCAGAAGGUCGUUUUGUAAUAAAUAUAUGUAUGGCGUUUUUUUUUUAUUGACGUUUAAAAUAGGUAUAAGUAAUAUAUACGAGAUAAAAAUAUUAUUGCAGUUUUCAAGACAUAAAUGUUUUUAAAAAACACGAAAUAAUAUAGAUAUUAUAUUCGAUUACAUUGAUUAAGAGACUGAAUUUCAUAAAAUGUAAUGUUAAUAGAAUUGUUUUUAAGGUUUCGAAAAAAAUCUAUGAGUUUGAUAAAUAUAUGUACAGACUACAGAGAGAUUAACAUAAGAUAUUUAUUACCUCAAAAAGAUAUAACUUCUUUUUUUAGAGAAUUAACUCUAAAAUGUAACAUUUCCGUCAUACUUUCGUUAUUUCAGGAAAUGAAAUCACUACACACACUUUUGAUGUUAUUAAAAAUACCAUUAUUAGAUUUAAGAUUUAAACAAAGUUUAAGUGUAAGACAUUUUGGUGUUGUAAUUUUUAAUUUUAAUUUGCUCGUUGAACUUUUAAGUUUGCCGUUUUGUGGAUAAAAGGAGAGUAGAGGAGCAUCACUUGUGUACCGCGCGGCGUUUGAAUAGUGCUCCACUACUCUCUUACUACCAAAACUUAAAAGUGAAAUACCUCGUCAAGGAGUUGACAGGGGGUUGAAUCCAAAAUGUAUUUAAACUGAAACUCCAUAUAUUUAUGAAAUUUUUAAUUUUAAAAUCAAAAUUUGGUAGUAGUUUCACCCAAAAAAGAACUAUUUAACAUUUUAAAGCUGUUUGUAUUUUAAAUAGUUAAAAAAUCUAAAAAAAAAUCCGAAAAUGUUAAUACUUUCCAAGAUCUUGACUGUCUUACAUUAUGAUGAUCACUAUGAUCACUUUUAUAAUGGUAAUAACAUCAGAAAAAUAAAAUCUUCAAAUCAAAAUCAAAAUUGUUUAUAUUAUUUUAUAUUCAAUUUUGUCGAAUCGGAUGUAUACCCCUUAAAACCUACCCUAAAUAAUAUUUAACUAUUCGUUAUAACUGCGUAUUACAUUGUAAUCCGUAUUCGUUUGGGGUCCCGAAAAUUAUUAUUUCAAUAUUCAACACCUAACUAUAUAUUAUAUUAGCUGAUCCUCUUUCUAUAAAAAAAAUAUUUUAACAUAAUCAAAGAUAUCCUAAAUUGUACAUGCUAAUUUAUAGUUAAUCAUAAAAAUAAAUUUAAUCUAGUAAAACCGACCUUACCUUGGUAACAUUGUAAAUUCAGUACAUAAUUCUUAUAAAAGAUAAACCUUUUAAAGUUUUAAGCACGAAUAUAUAAUAUAUAAUUUGGAAGGAGGGGAUCGCGAAUGAUUUACUACCACUGAAAUUUCUGUAUUAAUUAUAGUUUUUCGUUAGUAAAAUAAAAAUAAAAAUUGGUAAGUAAGUAAUUAUUCAAUUAUUUAAAUAUAAAAAAAACAUGUCAGAAAAUUAUAAAAUUAAAAUUAUAUAUUACCAAUACUCAAUCGAUGAAAAUAAAAUUGAUAAAAAUGUAUAGUUCAUUAUUUAGCAAUUAAAUAAAAAUUAAAUAAAAUAAAAAUUAAUUAAUUAAAUAAAAGUACAUUUAUUUUUAGAUUCAAACUCAUCUGUCGUAUUUUUACUUAUAUAAUAUUUGAUUAUUUUUUUUUAUGUAAAUUAUGGAAUAUUUUAAUCAUUAAGUAUUAAGAAAAAAAAAAUAUUUAAACAAAGAUUGAAAUAACCAAUAAAUGUAUGAGUCAUUACUCACUGUUGUAUAAAUACAUUAAAAAAGAAAACAACACUGAAACAGUUACAAUUUUAAAAUUCUGAAUUUUGUAUUCUAAUUUCAAAAGAUUAUGUGAUUUAUAAUUCAUAAUUUUUAAUAAUAUGUACCUAUAUAAGAAGAGUUAUUUAGAUUUAUAAUGUAUUUUAUAUUAAUAAUAUAUAAUAAUAUGAUUUUAUUAAAACAUUAUUUGUUUUUAUAAUGUUGGGGUGUGGGGCAACACACAUUGGUCUUUGCAACCUUUAGUAAUUUUUGCAAUGACAUUAUGUCCAAAUUACGCCACUGCAUUACUCUGUAAAUAUUUUGGGUUAUAAGAAAAUUCUAAGAAUUUAGUAAAACAUGAUAUGCAAGUUUCACUUUCUAAAAUAAAGUAUAUAAAUUAACAAUGCAAUAUUUGAAACAUUAAGUCGAAAAAAUGGAAUAAUAUAUCGUUAACUUGUUUUCCUGAAAAUAACAAAAAAAAAGCUUCUGAGAGGGGUUCGGUUGAUUGUGUUGCUUUAUUAACUAUUAUAUAUUAUAUUCUCCAUCGGCCGGAUCGACAAUAAAUUUGCGUUAUCGGUGGAUCGCGGAAAUUUUAAUCGGCCGUUUAAGACGUAAUGAGUGCGACGGAGAGAACCGUACGCGCGUUAACGUCAAAUCAAAACGAACGCUUUCGGCUCCGAAGUCACGAUUCAUUUUUUAUAUUAUAGAUUAUAAUGUAUGGGCUUAUUAUUGUAAGUGUAGGUAUGUGCAUUUUUUAGAAAAUAAUAAUAAUUACACCCGUGUGAUUUAUUAAUCAAAAAGUUAUAUACUUUUAUGAAACUUCAAUUUUUAUUUAAUAAUAACUGUUACAGAAUAAACUGUUAAAAAAAUAAACAAAUGUAUAUUAUAUUAUGCUAAGUAGCUGUACAUAACGUCGCAUUUAGUAAUUUAUCAUUUUACCACGUGCAGUUUAUUGUUAAAUACGACUCACCGAGUAAUUUUAUGAGAAUUAUAUAAGAAGCGUUGGCGUAUUUACGAGGGGCGUUUGGGAGAUAUAUCCGCUUCCCCAAUAACAUAUUUUUAAAUUCAAAUUUCUUUAAUUUUUUGUUGGACAAAUCAACAAUUUAAUGUGCAAAACGUAAAAUUUUUUUUAUUUAAAACGAGACCUGUAUCCAAAGAUAGAUUAUUAGUACCUCAGAAGCAAAUUAAGUAAUAAUUAUUUACCUCCACCGAUUGCACCUAUGUUUAUAGUUUUCGAUUUCGGUAGUAAUUUUAGGACAGAUUGAAUUUAUAAUAAUUACUUAUAUUUUAUAUAUAAAAUUAUCGUGUAUAUUUGGUAGGUCUGAGAAUAAGUCAAAAAAUAUAUUUUACCUUCUUACUCUCACCCACUAUUUUUUAAUCGCAAUUUUAGUAUUUUCGCUAAUACAUAUAUAUACACGAGCAAUACCAAAAAUUUAGUUUAUAAUAUAAUAAAUACAUUUUUUUGUUGAUUUGUGUUACCUCAGUAACAGGGAUAAAAAAAAAUGGUGAUUUAUUAUUAAUAGACAUUAGUCGGAAAAUAUCACGUGAUCAUCAAAAUCAGUCCAGCCGUUCUUGAGUUAUAAAUGAUGUAACUAACCCGGCUUUAUUUAAUUUAUAUAAGAUUUUUAUUUAUUCAAGAGUUGCCAUAGAAAAGAAAACUAUUGUAAUUAUAAUUAUUACUAUUAUUUACACUAUUCAAAUUUCACAAUAGAACACAUUUAGUCAUCCGAAGGUGGACUACCCACUUUCCAUCAAUUUGUUUUCAUUCAAUUCUAACACGGCCAAAACCAAAAAUGAAUAUGGGUAAAAUAAUAAUAAUACAAAUUGGCAGGAUAGCUAAAAGAAAUAUAUAAAUUAUUAAAAAUAGAUUUUAUUUUUUUAUUAUUAUUACCUAGGUAAAUAUACCUACACGAUAUAUAAUGUGACAAAAUUAUUUUCAAAUUUAAUAACUCUCUCCUAGGAGAAAUCCUAAGUACGCCACUAUUAUAUAUACUUAUAUAGAUAACCUGUAUUUAAAUAUAUAUAUUUUUUGCAAAGGUUCUUCGUCACCGUCCCUUUCACCCCCACGCUGCCAGCUACACCGUAUACGGUGUCGUCCCGUUUCAUAAUGCAGGUAUACGCGUAUAUUGAUGUAAGGCCAUUAAUCCUUUUUAACGAUAGUAAAACCGGAACAGGAUUUGCGCGGGUGGGUACUUAUACAACGAAAAAGAAAAAAAUUAGGUCACCCGGAAACGGGAGGAAAAAACUACCUAUAUUAAGUUAUUAAGAAGAUAUUCAUUAUUAUUGUCACACGCUCAAUAUUUAAGGGGUCACGUUAAUAGUCAAUUUUAACAGAAUUUUUAAAAAAACCCAACAUUUAUCUUCGAUUUAAAAUUGUUCAAAUUUACAAUAAGGUGCUUUAUAUUAUGCUUAUCUUAUUUUGUAACCGUGAAAUUUGUUUUCAAAAACACGCUCACGCAAAACAGAAAAAAGGUGAAUACUCUUCAGAGUGAUUUCAGAGUUUUUACUCAUUGUAAAAAUUCAAAGACAAAAACAUUAUCUAUUACAGCGAGUAUUAUAGGUUAUAACUUAAUAAUUACCUAUUGAUUUUCAAUUUACUUCAAUGAGACAGUAGAUUUUUGCAACUUUGCAAGAUUAAAAUGUGGCCUAGUUUUACAACAAGUUAUUUUCAAAUUUUAGUCUUGUUUGAUCAUUUUCAUCAUAUAGCCUAUUUCACGCUAAAUCGCAUGCCAACGAAUUUCGAGAUAAAAACGAUUUUUCGACACCAGGUAUUUAUGUUCAAAAAGAUCUCACGCUGAUACGUUCUUGAAGAAACUAAAAAACGUGCCCUGAAUUUACUCAAGUAAAAUAUUUUGUAUCCACGAAAAUGUGUUCAAAAAAUCAAAAAAACCUCAUAUGUACCUUGUAUAAAAACGCCAAUGUAUUAUAGCAAUUCAAGUUGAAACAAAUUUAUAAUAUAUCAGACAAAUUUCAGGCACGUCCUAUAAUAAUCAAAAAUUCGAUUUCUGAAACAAUACAAAAUAAUUUGAUACUAUACAUAAUUAUAAUAUUACACAUUGCAAAAUAUACAACAAACAAUUCGUAAAUAGACUAACUAUAACUAAAAAUAUAUGAUACUGCGUUUAUCGCAUCUAUUACACUGUUAAAUAUUAAUUUUAUUGUCAAUAAUAUUAAAGUCAUUUUUUUAUGGUAUUUCGUCCCUGAUUAAGAUUUAAGCUUUUGAUUUUUGAGGUUGGUUCUUCUUUUUGAAAAAAUCAACAUCCUAUUCAAAAAUACAGUCAUUGUGCUGAUCAAAUAGAAUUUAUUUGUUAAUAAAUAUAAAAUUUACCGAAUCUUACAAUAAGAAACAUGUAUAGUAUAUACAUAUAAAUUAUUAUAUUACUAUUUUUAUAAUUUAUUUUCCAAAUUUUUACAUAAAAAUAAUUAAAAAAAAUAUUAUUUUAGGAAUAUAGAAAACAUGUUUGUAUACCUGCAUUUAUGUAUAAAAUAUUAAAAGUUCGGCAUCGUGUGUUUAGUUGAUAUAUACGAGGUGUGCAUACAGGCACUUAUAGGUUAGUUUAGAUCUACACACGGAAACUUACAUAAUUAAAGAGAGAUGGAAAUAUCAAAAGGAUAACUAUAUACCUAUACCUACACCGGUGGUUUUCAUUAAACUUUGUAAAAGUUAUAAUGGUUUGUCUAUUAUGAUAUGGACAUACAUUAAUAUAAUACGAUAUAAUAUUAUAUUGCAGACAUACGAAUACAACAGGUGUUAUUUCCUUUAUAUACGAGUAAGUACACCUAUAUUUAAGCAGGGUGAGUUUAUUAGAGCUAUAGCCCAUUCGGCUUCCGUUGUUCCAAAAUUCAAUUCCUAAACGGCCUCCGACUCACAAAUACGUAUCAACUUAGGACUGUUUCAAAAGAAUUAAAACAAGAAAAGUUGAUUAAAAAUGUAUCAGUUUUUUAAUUUUAUAAGUGAAAUACAUUUUCAAUACAUUUUUGUUUCAAAGUUCAAUUAAAAAAUAAAAGUACAAUAUAUUAUAAAUAUUAAAUCAUAUUCAAGUUGAAAUGUUUUGUUUUUGAAAUUCAGGCAGUUGAAGAAAAGUUUUUAAGGUACACUUUUUUUAUAUAUUCCAUUCGAAUUAUUUUAUUAGAUGAAAAUUCGUCUAUGAUGGCCCCAACAAGCGCCUGUUUUUUUAUUGGUUUAAAUUUAUUGCUAGGAGUAUUUUCAUGACUACGAGCUUUUAUUUGCGUUCCGGAUUACAUUUUGGUCAGUAUGUCAAUAGCUUUAAAAAUAUUGAGAUGAGUGGUAUUGAAUUCCUUAUUGAAUUUAUUGUGAAACGAUUCACAUGCAUUUGUGGAUUAUUACAUUAUAUAAUGAUGAGAAAAUUUUGAACGCGAAAGAAAAAGAAUGUAUGGAAUUCACCAUAAAUACAUACAAUAAAUAUAAAUAUUAUAAAAUUGAUAUAAAAGACUAUAUGACUUUGAGUAUAUUUCAUACAUUUUUUCAUUAGUUCUAAUUUUGUACAAAAAAAUUAAACAAUGACAAAAAAAGGUCACAGUUUGCCGUGAAAAUGUUGUGAAAGCGAAGUGUGCCAUGGUCAAAAUAGUUUCAAAACCACUAGUAUAGGUUCUCACUUAAAAAACCAAAGUUGUUCUCUCUAAAGGAUACUCCUUAAAUGUUGUGAAAAAUCUUGAUAUUAGAUAAUAUCGGCUUUAACUAUAUACACUUAAACAUUUCGAAAAUCAGAAUUUAAAUAUAUGGAAAAUGUAACCAAAAAAAUGAGGCGAGCACGGUCAGUAAAUCAUCCUGUAUAAUAUAAUAUAUUAUAAUAUGGUGUUCGAAUAUUGUUGUUUUACGAGUGGUUUUGAAACUUCCAUCAUCUCACCGAAAUAAUACUUAGUAUUUUAUAGUGUACAGUUUAGAACUUAUAUUAUAUAGGUAAUAAUAAACUCCAUACAAAAAUGUGUAAUUAAUUAUAAAAUAUCGAAUAAUAAUACUAUAGUAAUUGAUUUUUGUUUUAUCGUACCUACAUAUCUGUUCACAGGGUCAUGGCGUUGUUGGUGUUUUUUUUAGAAAUAACUUGGGCCAUUACGUUGUUUCUAAACGUGUGUAUUAAGUAAGUUGUAUUAUAAUACACAGUUAUCCAUUUAACAAUAAUAUUAGAAUACUAUGUUAUUUAUUUAUAAUUAUUGAAAAUAAACGAAAAGUAUAGAAAAAAUAAAAUAUGUACCAAAACACGAAAAAUCAUUUAAAUGCGUAGUAUAGGCACUUAAGUAAAGAAUUGCAUCUAUGCAGUCGGUAAAUAUAAGUACAGUACAGUAUACGCUGGAAUGAACGAUAUUGUGUCGCGGGCAAUCACGACAGUCUUCAUCAAAAUGUUAGUUUCACUUGGAAUCUUCAACAUAAAACGUUAAUUCAUUUUAAAUACGCCAGUUAUAUAAGCAAGUGAGUUGGCAUAGCAUAUUACAGCGUAUUAUCUCUUUCGAGUAUACUCGUAUAAUUACGCAAUAUUAAAGCCGUUUUACUCAAUCCGAACAUAAUAUUAUGUAGUAUUAAAUUAAAGGCUACAUAAAAUAUAAUAUACAAGGCGAUCCAUUUAAGUGGAUAUACUCAUUAUCUCGGAAAAUAUUAACUUUUUCAACAUUUAUUUCCUGACAAUUUCAAAACCAAGUAGCUCCAUUAAUUUUGUCACCCCUAAUUUUUGAGGUGAAACGAUUACCGUCUACCUAAUUUUGAUUUUCAAAGUCACAUACUAAACCUGUAUUAAAAAUUCGAUGAACAGAUGGAAUAUUAUUUUUAAUAAAUUUUGGUGUUGACAUUUUUGAUUUCCGUCAACAGGUAUAGAAACAACAAGAGGGAUGCUAGGGGUCUGUAGCACCUCAAGAAUUAAAAUUAGCAUCCCGAAAAACCCAAUCGGCUCUUUCAUAGUAUUGAUUACAUAUUUUAUUCAUUUAUUUCAUAAUAAUUAAUGAAUAGAACAAAAUACAAAUUUUCUACCGACAAUGCGUAUGUGUAUAAAAAAUAAUGUUAAAAUAGUUAUGAUACAUUUGUGUAUAUAAGAUUUUAAAUAAACUGAGCGAAAGACGAUUCGAACGCAGUUCGAUAAUACAUAAUUUGAAGUGCCGUAAUUUUUUUGCGAUUUUCGUUUAAAUUUGAUUUAAAAACGCUUAUUAAAAAAAAAAAAGUUUUCCGAUGAUUUUGAAAAUUUUACCACGUCUAGGUAAGUUCAAUAUAAAUAUUAUUAACAAGUUUCAAAUCUCCAUCUGCGUGUAUUUACAACCGAAUUACAGUAAAAAACUCCCAAAUAUUUAAAUUCCUUAAAAGCUCAAAAGUGGCUCAAAAGUUUUGGCGAUGAUACCGUAAGUAAGUGAAUCAAAAAGGCAACAAAAAAGUAUUUUGUGAUUUUUCGAUUAAAUCUUUUUAUCUGGUAGAAAACGUCGUUUGUGUUUUUAAAAAAAUAAUGAAAUCAUGAAAUUGAACGUUUUCCUACGUUUUUUCCAACUUAAGGGCAUUUAUUUAAAAAAUGGCGUCGAAAAUCAAAAAAAUACAAUCUAAACAACUUGAGCUUUCAGAAAAGUUGUGGUUCGUAAAGAUCGGGGCAAGUUUACUAGGAACAUAGUAUCCCAAACAUAUCCCCAAACUAGAAAAAAAAAAAAAACAAAACAGCAUUAUAAAACCGAUAGCUCCCCUCGCUACGCCCGGGAUCUAAAAUUAAUUUAAACCAAAAUUAUUGCAAUACCGAAACUAUAAGUAGGUACGUUAAGAUUCACUUAGAUUUACCAAAUGGACAAAAAAUUAUUAAAUAUGUUAUAAAUACCUACCAGAAAUCGUACCUGAAGUUGACAAUCGAAGCUAAAUUUCUGGUAGAAAUAUUGUUCACAAAUAGGCAGAAAAAUAAUGCACAUUAUAGUAAAAAACCAAUACAUUUCUCGUUAUCCUUGUAAUCGAAAGUCCCUCUCGACAUUCUUCUCGUACUGAUUAUUAUAUUAAUUAUAAACAUAAUUCAUCGGUGACAAUAAAACAUUGUUUGCGGUAUUUUAAGAUUUUAUUGACAAUAGGUAUUCACCUAUCUGUGUGUGUGUGUGUGUGUGCUCAAAUAUUAGCCAUAGUAAUAGUAAUAUUUUUAUUAUUAUUUUACGAUUUUUAGAAACGAAUUCAGCCCGAUAUUCAACUUCUGGGAAGUGGUACUGUGGUUGCGGCUCUGGAAAAAAUCACUACUGUACACGGUUUUCGCUGUAGUGCUUUUUUUUUGGCCUCACGGCCUUUGGCUAUCUAACGUGGCAGGUCCGUAUACUAUAUUAUGUUAAAUAGUUAAACCUACCUACACACAAAUAUUUUCGAUUGGUACUGGCGGUACUAUUUUGUGACGUUUUAUACACGUGUUGAGCAGUGGCGUAUCUGGAGUUUAAUUAAGGAGGGGGUAGUUUAAAAAUUGUAAUACGCGACAAAAUAUCGCGAGAGAUUUUUUCGCCCCUACAAAAAAGCAACAGUUAACAUUUUUUUACAAUUCCUCUUCUUGGCAAUUAAAAAAAAAUAGUUUAUAGGAAUAAACUAUAAUUAAUAAUAUACAUAAAACAAAAAAUUAAAAAGGUGUGUACGUAUAAUAUCUAAGUUACAAUUAAAAGCCAAAAUCGAGCAAAUCUCAGAAAUGUCAAAAUUUAUGGACGUUACAGUUUUAUCCAAAUGAUGUUGGUCACUACAAUAUAGAUUUGAUGGGAAAAAGCCGAAAUAUGACGUUUUGCCCGGGUAUUUCUGAAAUUAACACGAUUUCGGCGCUUACCCAUAACGGCCGUAUCAUAAUAUGUAUACAUUAUGACGUAUUCAUUUCGAAAAAAUAUUUACGAUUUUACAACAGUAUUGAUUUUUUUUUCUCCUACAAACCAAUCUAUGAUGAUUACUGUUUGGGACAUCCACAUCGAUAUCCCUAUAUCCAUAUGUCGUUAAGUACACGUAAACAACACGUCCCUCCAGAUGACAGAUUUCCGGGCGAUCCCCACCACAAAUACGUCACUGGUGUAAGGGAGAAAAACUCAAAUAAAAAUGUAGCACUGAGAUGACAUAUCGUUUCACCAUUUAUAAUACCAACUACAAACUAAUGCAACUAGAUUUUAAAGUCCUUAAAAAAAUAUGUCUUUCUAGGUGCCCUACUGUUGUGGCUAUCGUUUUUGUAUAUAAUCGUCACGUUCAAAGACUUUUUGCAAAAACGUUCGGAUUUCGUUAUCGUGCCCAAGGGACAGGCGUCCACUUCGUACGACCAGUAAGUGAACUCCUCCACCCCCAUCCAUAACCGUGUUAUAAUAAUUGAAUUAUGGUAUUUGAAGGACAGCGGGUUUCUUGAAUAGGCACCUAUAAAAACAUUAAUUGAAAAUCUCGGAACAAUAACCAGAUAUCUAUAUCUCCAGAUUUAGGUCAAAAUCACUUUUUGAGCGUAAGUUACGAAGACAAAUAUUGUACAUCGAUUGAUACAAUAAUCAAACAAAUCCGUACGUUAAAUUCAAAGAUAGGUAUCUAUUUUAAAAAUGGAUAUGUGUGGUGUUUUGUAUGGUGCAACAAAACAAAAGGUAUGUGAGGUAUAUAUUUCUCGAGCCGAUUAAUGGUAGCAUAUUUCCGGGGAUGUCUGGUUGUUGCACCAAAUAAUCAUCAUUAAAGACCGGAUUUUGCAUGAAAUGCACGUUGCUAUUUUCAACAUCAUAUACAUGCAGUCAAUGGGUGUCCGUGAAUCAAAACCUAACUGAUUGAAUAUCAAAAUUUUAUACUGCAUACUUUUGCAAAGAUACACCUCACGGCAGUGGCGGCUCGUGGGUUUUUAAUGAAGUAGUGCACACCCAAAAAAAAAAAAANUUCGCCCCCAACCGAUUCGAGUUAUCGAGGUUCCACUGUAUAUUAUAAACUGUAUUAAAUAAUUGUUUACAAACUUUAGUUAUUUACCAAUUACCUUUUAUUCUUAUUUCCAUUCUUUACCUAAGCGACAUCAUUAAAUUUUUGACCAAAAAGUAAACAGGGAGAACAAUACAAAACAAUUAGUUUCUGAACAACCAUAAAUCCAGCCAUAGGUUUUAUAUAUAUUAUUAUUAAAUUUUCUUACAUAUUCUCUCGUUUCACAUUUAGUAAUAAAUGUUUAAUAUUUAAGUCUGGAGUAGGCCUACCUUUAUUUUUUAUUUCCAUCUUUUUCUCCAACGAGAUUUUUGAAAAAUUGCAUUGCAGUAUUUUCUGUACUGAAUUCAUUUUAAAAAUUGAAAACAAAUACACGAAUAAUAAUAAACGUAAUGUCGGUCGUCGAUAGAAAACAGAAACACGAUUGUUGUUUUGAAUUUCCGAUAAUGAUUGACUAGCCAAUAUUAUCAGCUGAUAAUCGGAAUAUAAUAAAUGAAUGAGAGUAAAAAUAAACUAUAAUGCUGAUGCCGACGCGCAACGACACGNAAAUGUGCACACUAAUUCCAUUAUAACGCGGGUUGCGUGUUUCGGCUUGUUUUAAUUUUUACACUGUACAUAUGUGCACAACUCCCACCACUAUAAUACACACCGAUACUGUUCCGUCGCGCGGACAACAGUCCGGCUAUUUGGCAAUCGAAAUAACGCAAACUAAAUAUUAUAUUAUUUUCAUAAUAUUCUGAAUUUAUAAUUUUAUAUUUUGAAAAAUAAUCUUAAUAAUACUACAGGUACUUAGUAGUUAAUUGUAUUAUUAUGAUUUAUGUUUUCAAUUUUUCUUGAGUUUGGGUAGGUAGUGCACGUGCACUUGUGCGCAUGUAAACGAGCCGCCACUGCCUCACGGUCUAAUAAGGUGUCGAACAAAAACAAAAAGAUUAUAGGUACGUUAAUAUAUCAAAUAUUUUACGUUACAAAGAAUAUUCGGACGCUAAAAAUUGCUUAACUAAACUUACAUAGUGGAAAAUUGGGUUUAGCUGUUUUAUCAAGAUUAUUAUCCUUAGAUAAAAUUUUAUCAACGAGAUUAGGUUGAUAGAAUUUCCUGCUACAUUUAUACCAACACAAUUUAUUGUUAAUAAAUCUUUUUUUGGAAAAAUACACGAACACAUACCAGAUGAAAGUACGUUAAGAAAAACUAUUUCAGUAAAUGUUAUAUCGACGUUUUACAAAAUAUUCGAGAAUAUAUAGACAGCUCGUACAUUUUUUUUGCUGAUGAUGAAACUACUGAUCCUCGAGUUAAGUAAGUAAUACAUUUUGUUGUUGGUAAGUUGAAUGCCGAUUCGCCUUCGAAAUCAUAUCUUUUAACAUCAAGAGUUCUCGAAAAAACCAAUAAUUCAACUAUAGCACAAUGUGCAAACAAUUCCCUUAAACUAUUGUGGCCCGAAGGUAGCAAUGAUGACAAAGUUUUGUUGAUGUUAUCUGAUGCUGCUCCUUACAUGACGAAGCUGCACACAAUUUAAAACCAUUUUAUUCGAAUCGUGUAUAUGUAACUUGUGUUGCUCAUGGUAUCUACCGAAUCGCCGAAAAAAUUAUGCAUACUUUUCAUGACAUUAACAAUUUAAUUAAUUAUGGAAAAAGGUUUUUUAUAAAACUCCGUAAAGAAUUCAUUUAUAUAAAGAAAUAUUGCCAAACACACCUUUACCACCACAGCCAAUAAUUACCCACUGGGAUGCUUGGCUAGAGUCAGCAUUCUUUUAUGAUGAAGCAGAAACCAUUAAAAACUGUAAAUCAAUUUUAAAUAAAUUAAAUGUAAAACAUGAUCUUGUCAACAUUAAGGCAAUUUUUUUUUGAAAGCAUCAAAAAGCUUGAAAAUUCUAAUUUGUCACUUGUAGACUCAUUAAACAUUUUAAAACAAGUGGAAAAUUCUUUCAAUGAACUUCUUACGAGCGCCAAUAGUAUAAUUAAAACAAAAUUUAAAAAUUUUUUCGAUAAAAAUAAAGGACUAAUGGUUUUAAAAGAAAUUUCGAAAAUACUUCAAAGUGACAGUGCUAACUUCAACGAUUUGCAUGUUCCAAAUUAUUCACCGAAUGUAUUAGCCAAUUUUAAAUAUGCAAUAAUAACCAGAGUUUACAUUGAACACAGUUUUUCAUCUUACAAGUACAUACUUACAGAUCAUUGUCAUCAUUUUACAGAAAUAAACAUGGAACACACUUUGAUAACUUAUUGUUUUUCCAAUAAACAUGUCUAAUACUUUAAAUUUGUUGUACUUUUUCCGUAUUAUAUACCAAUAUAUACUAUUAACUUAUUUACUUUUUUUGUUUAUGGAAAUUUUAAUAAAAUUAAUAAUUAAUUAUCACUGCAAAAUUUAAAAUAAAUUACCUUGCCAUUUUUUAGUGCAUGUUUGCAUGCAUAUUUUACAAUUUAAAAUGCAUACAGAUCCGGUCUUUAAUCAUCACAUACUUCUCAAAAUAAAUUCAAUAUAUCUGGAAAAUUUUAAGUUUUUAAAUAAUUCAAUUAGUUGGUUAAACCUUUCUUCAUGCCAAAUAUAUUACUUUUAAUUUGAAUGUAUUUUAAGUGUAUCAAAGUAAGUAUAUUUUGCAGCACAACAACAAGAUAACUUCAAACUAACUUUUUUGAUUUCGCAAGUUAAAAAAAUUUGAUUUUGACCUAAAUCACCAGAAUGUAAAUGUUUAUAACAAAUUUUUAACUUUUAGUUAUUUGUUUCUACUGAAUCCUACUUUACUUGGAAAUAUAUUGAUUUUCUUCAGAGGUCUCCAAUUAAAAUAUACUUAGAUACUUGGCCAUAAACAAUAGGUAUUUAAACAUUUUAAGUACACAUUCAAUAUUUGAAAACAUAACUAAAUGUAUGCCAAUAUUCAAAUACUUUACAACACUUACAAUAAAUUAUCUAUUUAGUACCAGCUACGUGAUCAGUAAUAAUUUAUCAUAACUUACCAACGAUAACAAUACUUUAUAAUAUUGAGUAAAAUACUAAUUAACCCGGCUGAUAAACUGUAUUAUAAGAUAACCAUACAAAUUUUAUGGUUUUUCGUUUUUUAAUCGCGUGAUUUAAAAUAAUAUAGAAUAUCAUCUUCACUCUGUUGUCAUUGCUGUCAUUUUACUAGGUUUUAGAUGGAAAAAAAUUACACUUUUUUUUAUUAUAUUUUCUAGGUAUGAUGACAUUACUGAUUUAUUAGGAGACACUAUACAUGCAUCAUUGUCCGCCGACAAUCUAUCCGAACUGGACCAGGAUGGAAUUUUGGAAUUAUAA